AGCGGCCGGCGAGGGCGCGGACCCCGGUUCAUGGAGGCUGAGGCGAGGGAGGCUUUCGGAGCCUGGAUGUGGAGGAGCGAAACGGCAGGACCGACUCAGGAAAUCGGCUCUCGGAGAAAGGCCGAGUGAGGGCUGGGCUAGGUGCGGGAAACCUGGAGUCCGAAGGAAAAAGCAGGGGAUAUUUUCAGAGCUUCUCUGGUUUCGGCUCUUGCUCUCGUCCUAAAGGUAAAAAAAACACUGCUUUUCAGGUGUUCUGUGAUUUUUGUUUUUUAAUUUUUCGGUGUGAUUGGCGCAUUUCAGAAUUUCAAAGCCUUUAAACCUUUAAUGUAAAAGCUUUUUUUUUUUUUUUUUUAAGAAAUCCACAGAUUUUGUGUCCCAAGGUUGCACUGGACCUGGGAGGAGUGCUGUUGUGUACAUACUAUUGUAUGGUUUUAUUUAUUUAUUUUUUUUUUACCGUGCAGAUCAGCUGGAAGAUUUUUUUCCAAGUGCCAUUUCGGAUUUAUUCAAAUUUUUUGAUUCGCUCUCUCGAACAUAUUAUCUGCUCUUGUCAUUUUAAGCGUUGAAGACCAGAGAAUUAUCCCCCCCCCUCGUUUGGAGCUUGAGGCUCCGUUGCCAACAGGAGGACAGCUGGGAAAACUGGAUUAAAAGGAUGGUUUUUAUCUGUGUUUUGCAGUUAAGACUGAUGUUUUGAAGGCACGUUCUUUCUGUGAUUCAUUUUUUAGCGCAUAGUGCUAACCUUGAAGAGAUUUGUGGUUGGGAUUUUGGUUUCCGAGAAGGUCACAGUUUUUCCUCUUUGAGGAAGCGGGAGGGAAAGGGGGCUGAGGAAGGAGACCAUGUUAACUGGUAAAAGUAGAAUGGAGCUUCAGUUGCCAGGGUCCUGAGAGCUGGAAGAAAAAGGAUUCAAUCUGCAAGUUGGGAGGUCCUCCUUUCGUCUUUCUUAAAAAUUUGCAAGGGAUUCAGUUCUGAUCAAGACCAAAGCUUCAAGAUUCUGGAACCGUGAAGACGCUGAGAAACCAUGAGUGUAAGGUUACCCCAGAGUAUAGACAGAUCAGCCAAUAAAAAGCAGUCUCACCUGUCCAGCCCCAUUGCAGCCUGGUUAAGUAGCCUGUCUUCCCUUGGAGAUUCCGCACCUGAGCGCAAGUCCCCUUCUCACCACCGCCAGCCCUCUGACACCUCUGAGACAGCAGGUCUUGUCCAACGCUGUGUCAUCAUCCAGAAGGACCAGCAUGGCUUCGGCUUCACAGUCAGUGGGGAUCGCGUUGUUCUGGUGCAGUCCGUGCGGCCUGGGGGUGCAGCCAUGAAAGCCGGCGUGAAAGAGGGCGACCGGAUCAUCAAAGUCAACGGCACCAUGGUGACCAACAGCUCGCACCUGGAGGUAGUGAAACUUAUCAAAUCUGGUGCCUACGUUGCACUGACUCUCCUGGGCUCUUCACCCUCGUCCGUUGGUGUCGCCGCGCUCCAGCAGGAGCCAGCCGGAGCUCCUCGCAUCACCCCCAUGAUCCCACCACCACCUCCUCCUCCACCUCUGCCACCCCCACAGCGCAUCACAGGACCCAAACCUCUGCAGGACCCUGAAGUUCAGAAACAUGCCACCCAGAUCCUCAGAAACAUGCUGAGACAGGAGGAGAAGGAGCUGCAGCGUAUCUGUGAGGUGUAUAGCCGGAACCCCGCCAGCCUGCUGGAAGAGCAGAUCGAAGGUGCCCGGCGGCGCGUCACUCAGUUACAGCUGAAGAUCCAGCAGGAGACAGGUGGCUUAGUGGACAUACUUCCCCUCUGUGGUGAGGCCAGCCAGAAGCCAUCAGAAGGCCGCCUCUCUCUGGACUCACAGGAGGCGGACAGCGGCUUGGACUCCGGGACAGAACGCUUUCCCUCGCUCAGUGAGUCCUUGGUGAAUCGGAACUCAGUACUGUCGGACCCUGGACUAGACAGUCCUCGAACCUCCCCUGUGAUCAUGGCCAGGCUGGCCCAGCACCAUAGGCGGCAGGGCUCAGACGCACCAGUCCCUCCAUCCGGUGACCAGGGUGUAGAUCCAAGCCCAAAGCCUUUGAUUAUUGGCCCAGAGGAAGAUUAUGACCCGGGUUAUUUGAACAACGAGAGCGACGUCAUCUUCCAGGAUCUUGAAAAAUUGAAGUCCCGCCCAGCUCACCUGGCGGUUUUCCUCCGCUAUAUCUUCUCUCAGGCCGACCCCAGUCCACUGCUUUUUUACUUGUGUGUAGAAGUUUAUCAGCAGACAAACCCCAAGGAUUCCCGGAGCUUGGGAAAGGACAUCUGGAAUAUUUUCCUAGAAAAAAAUGCGCCUCUCCGUGUGAAGGUCCCGGAGAUGUUGCAGGCUGACAUCGACCUGCGCUUGCGGAAUGGUGAGGAUGCCCGCACCACCCUCUGCGAAGCUCAGGAGGCAGCCAUGCCAGAGAUCCAGGAGCAGAUCCAGGACUACAGAACAAAGCGUACCCUCGGGCUGGGCAGCCUCUAUGGUGAGAAUGACCUGCUGGAUCUGGACAGGGACACUCAGCGCGAGCGCCAAGUGGCCGAGAAGCAGCUGGCCGCCCUUGGAGACAUCUUGUCCAAGUAUGAGGAAGAGAGGAGUGCCCCCAUGGACUUCGCCCUCAAUACCUACAUGAGCCACGCUGGAAUCCGUCUUCGGGAGGCGCGGCCAUCCAACACAGCCGAGAAGUCCCAGUCUGCCCCUGACAAGGACAAGUGGCUGCCCUUCUUCCCUAAAACCAAGAAGCAGAGCAGCAAUUCCAAGAAGGAAAAGGAUGUGUUGGAGGACAAGAAGCGAAACCCCAUCCUCAAAUACAUUGGGAAGCCCAAAAGCUCCUCCCAGAGCACAUUUCAUAUUCCCUUGUCCCCUGUGGAAGUCAAGCCGGGCAAUGUAAGGAACAUCAUUCAGCACUUUGAGAACAGCCAGCAGUAUGACGCCCCAGAACCGGGGACCCAGCGACUCUCCACCGGAAGCUUUCCUGAGGACCUGCUGGAGAGUGACAGCUCGCGCUCAGAGAUCCGCCUGGGCCGCUCGGAGAGCCUCAAGGGCCGGGAGGAGAUGAAGCGGUCCCGGAAGGUGGAGAACGUGCCCCGCUCUCGGAGCGAUGUGGACAUGGACGCCGCUGCAGAGGCCACGCGCCUGCACCAGUCGGCCUCGUCGUCCACUUCCAGCCUCUCUACCAGGUCUCUGGAGAACCCCACCCCACCCUUCACCCCCAAGAUGGGCCGCAGGAGCAUUGAGUCCCCCAGCCUGGGCUUCUGCACAGACGCCCUCCUUCCCCACCUCCUAGAGGAUGAUCUGGGCCAGCUCUCUGACUUGGAGCCAGAACCGGAUGCUCAAAACUGGCAGCACACCGUGGGCAAGGACAUGGUUGCCGGGCUGACCCAGAGGGAGAUUGACCGGCAGGAGGUCAUCAACGAGCUGUUUGUGACCGAGGCUUCCCACCUGCGCACGCUUCGGGUCCUGGACCUCAUCUUCUACCAGCGAAUGAAGAAGGAGAACCUGAUGCCCCGGGAGGAGCUGGCCCGGCUCUUCCCUAACCUGCCUGAGCUGAUAGAGAUUCACAAUUCCUGGUGUGAGGCCAUGAAGAGGCUCCGGGAGGAGGGCCCCAUCAUCAAAGACGUCAGUGACCUCAUGCUGGCUCGGUUUGACGGCCCUGCCCGAGAGGAGCUCCAGCAAGUGGCUGCACAGUUCUGCUCCUGUCAGUCAAUAGCCCUGGAGCUGAUCAAGACCAAGCAGCGCAAGGAGAGCCGCUUUCAGCUGUUCAUGCAGGAGGCCGAGAGCCACCCUCAGUGCCGGCGGCUGCAGCUCCGCGACCUCAUCAUCUCCGAGAUGCAGCGGCUCACCAAGUACCCACUGCUGCUGGAGAACAUCAUCAAAUACACCCAGGCUGCUACUGCAGAGCAUGAGAAGCUGUGCCGAGCCCGAGACCAGUGCCGGGAGAUCCUCAAGUUCGUGAAUGAAGCAGUGAAGCAGACCGAGAACCGGCACCGGCUGGAGGGCUACCAGAAACGCCUGGACACCACCGCCCUGGAGCGGGCCAGCAACGCCCUGGCCGCAGAGUUCAAGAGCCUGGAUCUCACAAGCAGGAAGAUGAUCCACGAGGGGCCCCUGACCUGGAGGAUCAGCAAGGAUAAGACCUUGGACCUCCACGUGCUGCUGCUGGAGGACCUGCUGGUGCUGCUGCAGAGACAGGACGAGCGGCUGCUGCUGAAGUGCCACAGCAAGACGGCCGUGGGCUCUGCCGACAGCAAGCAGACGUUCAGCCCCGUGCUCAAGCUCAACGCCGUGCUCAUCCGCUCUGUGGCCACAGACAAACGGGCCUUCUUCAUCAUCUGCACCUCGGAGCUGGGCCCGCCCCAGAUCUAUGAGCUGGUCGCACUGACGUCCUCAGAGAAGAACACAUGGAUGGAGCUCCUGGAAGAGGCUGUGCGCAACGCCACCAGGCACCCCGGAGCUGCCCUGGUGCCCGAUCUGCCUCGGCCUGCAGGCCCCCAGGAGCCAGCUAACCAGGGCCCCGCCUCCAGCAGGAUAGGCCUGGACGACUCGGAAGUGUUCCACAGCGGGGCCGAGCCUGAGGAGCUGCCUGGAGGCCCUGGGACCCAGCAGAGAGUCCAGGUGAAGCAGCCAGUGCCACCUGAGGAGCCUGGGGAGGGCAGUGCCGAGGGAGAGGAGCUGGAGGCCCUGCCUGUCCCCUCCCACACCCUGAAUGGAGACAGCAGGGGCAUCAGGACAAGGGACCCCAUCAGCCUGGCCCUCCCAGGUCCUCUCUUCAUGGAAGGACUGGCGGAUUCAGCCCUGGAAGAUGUGGAGAACCUGCGACACCUGAUCCUGUGGAGUCUGAUGCCGGGUCACAGCACAGACACUCAGGCCACUGGAGAGCCUGAGGAUGACCUGACACCCACGCCUUCCAUCAUCGGCGUCACCUCUCACCCCUGGGAUCCGGGCUCCCCAGGACCGGCUCCCACCAGAGGUGAUGGGGACAGUGCCCCGCUCCCGGGUCCAGAGGGAGGCCAGCCAGAGCAGGAGGAUGCAGCUCGCUCUCUAGCACACCUGCCCCCAAGGACCCGGAAUUCUGGGAUCUGGGAGUCUCCCGAGCUGGAUAGGAAUCCAGAGGAAGAGGCCUCAAGCGCGGAAGCAGCAGGAAGUUACAAAGUUGUGAGGAAAGCUGAGAUGGCAGGCAGCAAAGCUGUCCCUGCACUGCCCGAGAGUGGCCAGUCAGAACCUGAGCCACCCGAAGUGGAAGGCGGAACAAAGGCUGCGGGGAACUGUUUUUAUGUCAGCAUGCCAGCAGGACCAGUGGACUCCAGCACCGACCCUUUAGGGGCACCCCCAGGCCACCCCCAGCCACAAACAGGCAGUGGAGAUCCGAGACUCCCCAGCCACUCUGCCCCUGGCCUGGCCCUCAGGGACGUGGGCAUGAUCUUCCGCACCAUCGAGCAGCUCACCCUCAAACUCAACAGGCUCAAGGACAUGGAGCUGGCCCACAGAGAGCUACUCCGAUCCCUUGGUGGAGAGUCCUCUGGUGGCACCACACCCGUGGGCACUUUCCACACAGACACACCCAGGUGGACAGAUGGCUUCCUCUCCCCUCCAGCCAAGGAAGCCCUGGCCUCUGACCCCCGGGACAGCUGUGCGCUGGAGUCCCACCCUGAGGACGGCUGUGACGCCCCUCGGGAAGACAGCGCUGCAGACACACCCCUGUCACCAGGGCUGUAGCCACCGUGACAGCCAGAUCCUGUGCGUGCGUCCCCACUUCUCCGGCAGGGACCAGCCUGAGGCAGAGGCAGAGGCGCAGGCAGGAGACCCCAGACUCCUUGUGGACCGGGCAGUGGGGAAGCGGGUGCAGCUGAGGCCCGGGGAGCCCCGCGUGUUGCUGGGUCUGCACAGAGCGAAGUCUGGUCUGUCUUCCCUUCCCUCCCUCAGGCCCAGCCCUCCAGGGCCUCCGCCUCCCUAGCAUGCUGAGCGCACGUGCAAGGCCCUGCCCCACAUAGCCCGCCCAGCGCCCUGCGUGCAGGAGGCGGCGGCUGUGGUGUAAAUGCACUUUCUUCCUCUCCUUCUCCUCGGGACCCCAGGCCAAGCUGGGUGUCUCCCCUCGGUCACUUUGGCUUCCUAUAAAUAUGUAUGUAUUGUAUGUGCAUCUUUGCUAUUGUAAAUACCUUGACCUUUCUGUUUCUAUCCCUGGGUGCUGGAGGUAGUUACAAAAAGGACCGCUAGGGGAGGGCAGGGCUGUCACUGGCCCAGGCUCGGGGCCUGCAGGAGCCAGGCCGGACUGGCCCUGUGCUGUCAGGAGGCCUCCUGGCCCCUCCUCUGGCCCGGUGCGGAGCUGCGCAUCUCCGAGGACUUGCAGGACCCUCGGUCAACAGGGGUCAGGGCACCCUCUGUGUCCUCCCUCCCUGCCUGCCCUAGAGAGACCCGAGUAGCAGGUACGGCACUGAAGAUGGACCCCAGGAGGGGAGGGGACUGGAAUGCUGGAGUCCCUGGAUUAACUAACCCAGGACCACCCCUGGGGCCACCACAGCCUGGGGCAUCGUCCUUUCCUCGCUCCAGCCCCACCGAAGACUAGAAUAUACACACUGUGCAAGGUGUAUAUAUAUAUA